AUGAGCGACGAAUGGGACGCACAAGUUGUUAUUGGCUCCAAGAGACAAACUCCGAAAGUCACAAAGAAAGAUUCCGACCUCAAUGCUGCCCGAAGGUCAGGCGCUGUCGUGGGCACUGAUAAGAAGACGACCGGUGGUUCGAACAAGGCUCACCAGGGAACUGACCACCAAAAGAUUGCCAAGCUCGAUCGGGAGAACGAAGUUGCCCCGCCACCCAAAGUUGCACCCUCUGUCGGCCGUGCCAUGGCUACUGCUCGUGCAGAGCUCAAGUUAACUCAGAAAGAUCUGGCGCAGAAAAUCAACGAGAAGCCGUCGGUUAUGCAGGAAUAUGAGUCAGGAAAGGCCAUUCCUAGCGUUCAGAUCCUUGGCAAACUAGAACGCGUCCUUGGUGUGAAAUUACGUGGCUCACAGAUUGGGGAAAAAUUGGGAGGGCCUAAGAAGUCAUGAAUGGCUCCUCUUUCCUCCCAUUCAUGACUUCUGUUUUCGUAGUGAGGUCGUCCCUGGAAUAUUGUACUAGAUAGUCUUCUUGGAUGCUAUGCAUUUUUGUUUCUCGAAACUUCCAUCCGUAGCCAUCCGUCAACUUAUCGGUGAAUUUGGUCCGAGGUCAUCAAAAUAUGGACUCAACGAUAUCAUACAUUUUGCUAAUACUAUGCAUCUAGGCAAAGGGCCCCUCACAUCAAGGAAAUAUACUUGAGAGUACAUGGCAAUCUGGUAGUUUGUAAUUCGAAGAAUUGAGAGGCAGCAUACUUUAGCAAACUUGAGUCCACAUGUGAUGUGAUAUGCAUCGACUCGCUUCCGUCGA